ACAUAUGCUUUAUUCUCUUUCUGUCACUCACUCUCUCUCUCUCUCUCUCUCUAUCUCUCUCUCUAUCUCUCUCUCUCUCUCUCUCUGUCUUUCAUACCCACAAGCACAGACACUCGUCAAUUUAUCCUGGUCACCUGUGCUGUAAGGAUAUUCCCAAAGCUUUUGACGAUUGUCGCCCAGAGAUCAGGUCUUGGCACCCAGAAGCCCAUUUUUUUCUUCCUGCGUCUCUUGUGGAAUGAGUAAGAGUUGAAUUCUGCCUGUUGUGUUCUCUUGAUCUCACGGGACUGAGAACCUGUGUGGGCUGGGACCACCUGAGAAGCUGAAAUGUAUUUCCAACAGCCACCAGUGAUCCCCAUUCACUGCAAACUGGGGGAUUAUGACAGUACCGCCACCACAAGCAACGGAACAGAACUGGCCAUGCUGUCCAAACCUAUAAUGUCUGAACGGUCUGAUAUUUUUCUUGGAAGCAGAGAUACAGAAUUCUUCCUUCCAAUCAUUCCCACCACAUUUCAUCCAAUAGAAACAGAUUUUCCAGAGAUGAGGGAUUCACAUCUUUACGCAGAACACAGCAUCUUCAAAGGCUUGUUGGCAACCGUGACAACGUACCAUAGUAAUCCUGAGCAAGUGGGCCCUCCGGUUAAACAGGUUCUACCCAGCAUCGACUUCUUGAUGUCUCCCAAUAAAAUCAAAUGCAGCACUGAUGUCAAACAGCAUGAGAAACUUCCAAAAUGCAGGACGAAUCCACAGAGGCGAGGCCAAAGCAUUCACCUGUGGGAGUUUAUCCGGGAUUUGUUGCUGAACCCCACGGAAAACAGUGAGAUCCUGCGAUGGGAGAACCGGCGAGCAGGAAUCUUCCGUGUAGUUAAAUCCAACGCCUUUGCCCAGCUGUGGGGAAGCAAAAAAAACAAUAAAGGAAUGAACUAUGAGAAGCUGAGCCGAGCACUGAGACACUACUACAAAACUGGAAUCCUGGAACGUGUGGAUGGGAGACUGACAUACAAAUUUGGACAGAAAGCUUAUGGAUGGGAAGAAGCUUGGAGUCUGUAAAUACACGCAGAGGUUCAGACAUUGAGUUAACCCUUCCUCAGCUGGCAGCAAUGAUAUGAAGUGAUCUCGCUGACUCAUGAAUGUGGAAAUUCCUACGCACCUCAGUUACGGAAUAUCCCAGGAAUGUUUUGGACUUAACCACAAUGCCAGCAAGAUUAACAAAGGCGCCUCUAAAUCCUCAUUGCACAAUACCAGCCUGGUUCUUGAGGGGACUUCCUGAAUAUUUCCAAAAGGUAAAACUAACAUUGGAGGAGAAAUUGUGUGAGGCUUUGCUAACACCAAAAGUUCUAACAAAGCAGAGUGGAAAAAUAGGAAUCGAGGUCAGAUCAGAGCAUUUCAGGUGAUCCCAGUUUUCUAAAUAUUGAUCAGAAAGUCUGUCAUGUUAUGAGCAUUAGUCUCUGCCUGAUUUCCAGCCUGCACUUCCACGAUGCAGCCUCACAAACUUUACCCUCAAAUAUCUACACAUGCAGUCUAAUCUUUAAAAUACAUCAUACUAAGAAUGGGAGAGACCAUUCAGUUCUUUCUCUCAUGUCAUUUGUCCAUGGCUAAUGUGUAUCUUAAUUCCAUCCCUUCCCCCUGUUAUGAUUUUAGACACCCCUGCCUGGAGACCUGCUGUUCUGAUAUGUCAAAGCCUUUCCAAGAUUAACCAAGGGGCCUGUGUCAUUUAAAGUUCCGGAUUCUUGGCACAAGUCAUUGGUCACUUUCUUUCCUGCAUAUCAUGGCUGUACCCUAGAUGGGUCAUGUUUUGCUGGCGUCUCCCCUAUGAUCCAUUGCACAUCUGCCAUUCCCAAACUUUAUGCAUCAUAACAUAGGAAAUAAGCCAUUUGACUCAAUGAACCUGUUCCAGCAUUUAGCAAGAUCAUGGCUGACUCUUGAUGGAAUUUUCUUGUACUAUUCCCAAAUCUCCUGACAUCUUUAAUAUGUAAAAACCUAUUGAUAAUGACAGCACUUCCUCAGUCCAUUUGGAAGAGAAUUCCAAAAGAGUUCAGUCUGGUGACCCACAGUUGCACUUCUGCAUUCUGUUCUGUUCCCCUGAUGCACUUUUAUAAGGUAUGAUUUGUCUGGGUAGCAUGCAAUACAGUACUUUUCACGGUAUCUCUGCACGUGAUCAUACUAAAUCAAACCAGAUCAAGCCACCUAGCCAAUUUUGUACUGAACUUGUAUUGAAGAAUGCACCUAAGCAUCUUGUACCUAAGAUGUCACCGUGUCUGGAGAUUUGUAAACUUUCCACUGCAUUCAGCUGAGUAUGUGACAAUAAAACUAAUUCAAUUCAAUUCAA